GAUGGACGUGGCGUCAUCAGGAAGUACCUACCAAACUGGUUAGCUGCGUCCGCUUUAGCGUAGAAAGAUCUACGGCCGUGAGUCAACUAAACACCAACAACAAAGAUGUCUGACUUCACAGAAGACCAGAUUUUGGAGUUCAAGGAGGCCUUCCUCUUGUUUGACCGUACGGGCGACGGGAAAAUCGCCUACAGCCAGUGCGGUGAUGUGAUGCGAGCCCUUGGCCAGAACCCAAUCAAUGCUGAAGUCCUCAAAGUUCUUGGAAACCCCAAGUUAGAAGAGAUGAACCACAAGAUGCUGGACUUUGAGCAGUUCCUGCCCAUGUUUCACGCCAUCGCUAAGAACAAGGACCAGGGCUCGUUUGACGAUAUCGURGAAGGAUUGCGUGUUUUUGACAAGGAGGGAAACGGGACAGUGAUGGGGGCGGAGCUGCGUCAUGUCCUCACCACAUUAGGUGAAAAGAUGACAGAAGACGAGGUGGAGACUCUUUUAGCAGGACAUGAAGACGCCAACGGCUGUAUUAAUUAUGAAGAGCUUGUCCGGAUGGUGAUGAACGGUUGAGGACGUUUCCAAUUUUUCGUGAUUUUUUUGUAAUAUUGGUCUCAUCUUACCCUUCCACUCAUGUCAUCCUACCUCCACUGUGUCUGUUUUAUUGAUACUGUAGACUUUUUUUUUUAAGGUGUCUUUUCUGUCCGAUGUGAAGAGACUUUUCAUCUCGUAUUCCAGAUAUUUUUCAUGUUUGCAGGCACAAUCAGUGAUCCCCUGAUGGAUUUAUCUUUGUCAGUCAACCCCAGUCUGUCUUUUCUUUUUGAUGGAUAUGAUAAUYUGAUGUUACAAUAAAAAAAAUGUUGAAAUAAAAAAAG